AUCAUCGGUCUUUUAAACAAAAGUUCAAGAAGGUUUCACAGCAACUUUACUGUAGUCUACUUCCCCGACCGCUGACAUGUCUGCAAUGAAUAGCUGGUGGAUUCCAUGCAUUGUUUUACUUCAUUCCGCUUAUUUGGGAUCUUGUGAUUCAGACUCUGGAAUAGAUGGAGCCCAGCCUGAGCUCUUCAUUUUCCACCAGUCGUGCGCCCUGAAGAAGGACGAAGGGCCCUGCAAGGCAUUAAAGGAGCGUUUCUACUUCGACAUUGACACGGGCCGCUGUGAGGCCUUCGAGUUCGGCGGCUGCAGAGGCAACGCCAACAAUUUUGAGACCUUGGAGGCGUGUGAGGAAAUGUGCCUGGUGUCUGUUGACAAGAGUCCCUGUCACCUGGAGGAGGCUCCGGGGCCAUGUCGAGGUCUGGUAACUCGCUACUUAUUUGACAACCAGAGCCAGGAGUGCAAGCACUUCUACUAUGGAGGCUGCUUCGGCAAUGCCAACAACUUCAAGAGUAUGAAAGAGUGCCAGGCUAGAUGCCAGAACCCAGAAAACCCCACUGUGGCCCUUAAAUUGGAUGUGGCCCCUAAAUUGGAGGUCACCGUCCCAGAACCCCAUAGCCAGCCUAGUGUGCAGUCUCUCAAAGUAACUGACUUCAAUCCUCCGGACUUGUGUCUCAGUCCCAUUGACAAGGGCACAACAUGUGAUGGAGAGGAGAGAACUGAGAGGAGAUACGUGUAUAACCCCAAGACAAAGAGAUGUCAGUCGUUGCGCUACAAUGGCUGCGGGGGCAACAAGAACAACUUUGUCCACAAGAGACACUGCAUGAAGAUGUGUAUGAAGCCAGAUCACCAUCACAAAGGGAAGGUCAUUCGUAUAAAGAAGAAGAACAGCAACAUCUUGUUUCGAUCUGUCUAAAUCAAGGCUUCAUAUUAAACCCUUCCUACUUCCUAUUAAACCCUUCCUACUUCCUAUUAAUAUUAACCUCUUCCUACUUCUCAUUAAACCCUUCCUAGUUCCUAUUAAACCCUUCCUACUUCCUAUUAAUAUUAACCUCUUCCUACUUCUCAUUAAACCCUUCCUAGUUCCUAUUAAACCCUUCCUACUUCCUAUUAAUAUUAACCUCUUCCUACUUCCUAUUAAACCCUUCUUACUUCUCAUUAAACCCUUCCUACUUCCUAUUAAACCCUUCCUACUUCCUAUUAAUAUUAAACCCUUCUUACUUCUCAUUAAAUCCUUCCUACUUCCUAUUAAACCCUUCCUACUUCCUAUUAAUAUUAAACUCUUCCUACUUCUCAUUAAACCCUUCCUACUUCCUAUUAAACCCUUCCUACUUCCUAUUAAUAUUAACCUCUUCCUACUUCUCAUUAAACCCUUCCUACUUCCUAUUAAACCCUUCCUACUUCCUAUUAAUAUUAGACCCUUCCUAGUUCCUAUUAAACACUUCCUAUUAAACCCUUCCUACUUCCUAUUAAUAUUAAACCCUUCCUACUUCUCAUUAAACCCUUCCUACUUCUCAUUAAACCCUUCCUACUUCCUAUUAAACCCUUCCUACUUCCUAUUAAUAUUAAACCCUUCCUACUUCUCAUUAAACCCUUCCUACUUCCUAUUAAACCCUUCCUACUUCCUAUUAAUAUUAAACCCUUCCUACUUCUCAUUAAACCCUUCCUAGUUCCUAUUAAACCCUUCCUACUUCCUAUUAAUAUUAAACCCUUCCUACUUCUCAUUAAACCCUUCCUACUUCCUAUUAAACCCUUCCUACUUCCUAUUAAUAUUAAACCCUUCCUACUUCCUAUUAAACCCUUCCUACUUCCUAUUAAUAUUAAACCCUUCCUACUUCUCAUUAAACCCUUCCUACUUCCUAUUAAACACUUCCUAUUAAACCCUUCCUACUUCCUAUUAAUAUUAAACCCUUCCUACUUCUCAUUAAACCCUUCCUACUUCCUAUUAAACCCUUUCUACUUCCUAUUAAUAUUAACCUCUUCCUACUUCUCAUUAAACCCUUCCUAGUUCCUAUUAAACCCUUCCUACUUCCUAUUAAUAUUAAACCCUUCCUACUUCUUAUUAAACCCUUCCUACAUACACUACUUUUGAAUGAGUCUUUAUUUAUAUCAUUCUUAUUUGACUUUGGUAUGUCCUUUUAGUCUUGCAGCAAUUGUAUCAAAGGCUUGUUUUGGCCUAUUGUGUAAUGUUGUAUUGCUUAUUGUAACCUUUUAACACUUUGUAAGAAGAUGUUUUUAGUAAUAUCACAAUUGUAUACAUUUUUUUACUGUCUCAUACCAAAUACCAGUCUAUAAUUGUAUUUUUCUUUCUUCCUGAGGACACCAGACAAGUUGUUUUAUUGACAAAUGAUGAACAUUGAUUAUCCCAAAAGCACUGUACAUGUAAUAUCAUACAAUAAAGCACAUUAUCUAUAUCAA